GCUCGCACUUGAAAUCAUCCUGCCCGGCUUGGACGCAGGAGGGGAUCCGAGUAUAAAACGUCUAGAAUGGAAAGCUCCAGGCGUCAUUUGUGAUUACUAUCAUCGCCGUGCUGGGCAAAAUGCUGAAUUCUAGGAUAUCGCUCAUCCAGUUGGUACUGGUGUUGCUGACAGCGACAAAUUACCUCGGGUCAGCCUCACCCAGUUUGGCUCCAUCACCUGUUUACACAGCUUUGCCACCAAAGGAUUACUAUGCGGUUCCUAAGUACAAAUUCAGCUACGGCGUGACGGACCUUCACACCGGGGACAUCAAGCACCAGACGGAGACGCGCGACGGCGACUUGGUGCAGGGCGAGUACAGUUUGGUCGAGCCGGACGGUUCCGUCCGUACAGUCCACUACACGGCCGAUGACCUGAACGGUUUCAACGCCGUCGUCCACAAGACCGGCCCUGGCGUACACCCUGCUCCUGCUGUGCCUGCCAAGCCCGUCUUGGCGGCGCCGGCCCAGCCUGCCUACAUCCCCUUCAACCACAAGCCGUUGGCCCCCGCGACCCCCGUGGCCUUUGACACCGGCAGCUUCUUUUCGCACCACCCGCCCCAAGCGCUGCCCACGGCCAGACCGCCCACCCCCAUUUACCAGGCGGGAACGGCCCGUCCGGUGACCCCGGUGGAGACUUCAACCCCCUCCCUUCAGGAAACUCUGCUCGCCCUCUACCCUCAGCCCACCCCUCGGCCAGUCCAGCAGCCUCAACAGCCUCAACAGCCCAGUCGACCUGCGUACCGGCCCUACGGACUGCCGCCUCAGGUUUCGACGGGGCCCGUUCAGUUUCCACAAACGCCCGAUGAGCAACAGCAGCAAACGCCGCAGUUGCCACCCCUCAUCAGCAGACCGCAGCAGCAAAGUGCAGCUCCGUAUUAUUACAAGUAGAACACAAAUUGCAGUUUUUUAAACAAUAUUCCUUUGGCGGUUCCUCUUUACGAUUUUAUAUGUAUCUCGCGUCCUUUUCCACAACUUAAGUUUUCUCCUUUUAGAGGAAAACAAAUUCAUAAAUCAACCCCAUAGCAUCAUUCAUCCUUGUUUUAAAGUGUGGAACUGGUUGUUUGGAAAUUCCCCGGGAACCGCCAAUUUUUUACUUUCUUUACUUGUGUACAUUUUGUCUUAAAUUAGAAUUACCUUCACCAAAGACUUGUAAUGAUAAAGUUGAAAUUAAUCUUGGUUGGUUGGCGAGAGUUACAAAAAAAUGCAAUCAAAACUUGACUAGGCCAUAUUUCCUCAACUACCUAUAAUUGUAUUGCCUUGUAAAAUGUACAAUUUGUGUUCCUUGUAAUAAUCGCUUGGAAAUUAUCCCCUUCGGGGUGGUUUCAGUAUUAUUUCAGAAAAAUUUCAACACAGUAGUAAAUUUUGUGGUGCAAAUGACUGUGAUCAUGGCACCGUUCUGUUAGUCUGAUUGGCAGAGGGAAUUCGAGCACGCAGCACGUGUGAAUUGUGACCCACAAAUAUCAACUGCCUUGAACACGUUUAAUUAAAUUUUCACUUUUUAUAACCUUAAAAUUAAUUAAGGCAUAAGAUUUUUUCAUUAGUUUAUAUUUUGUCAUGUAUUGUUUUUAUAAAUAAAAUGAUUAAAAACUA